CAUCCACAAGUCGGUAUUCCCAAUACUGACGCACGAUCCUACUCGACUUCAAGAGGGCAGAAGUGCUGGUCUCACGUGUGAGUGUUCUGGGGAAGGGACAUGAUGUCUACGAAAUGAAAAGAAUAGGAAUACGGAGUAGUUGUCGCUGCGACAUUUUAUUACAUUCAUCUCCAACACCCCUCGUCUAUCCUGUACUGCGUGACUGCCAUCUCAUCCCUCCACCUUCAAUAAUUUCAUACCGAGCGGCAAUAUGAGUUCAUUUUCUACCCUUCCUUACCCAGUCGACAUGCCCCCUCACCAAGCAAAACCAGACACCCGGAAUGUUGGGCAGCCCUCACUCCAAAAAGACCAAGGGAAGACGCCUCAAGGUAUCAAGAGGAAACGAUCACAUCCUCCUUCUCGCAAGAGCGCACAAGCUUGCCCAGAACGAGCUGUAUCCAAAGAUCGAAAUACCAAACUAAAGCACCCACUAUCCUCUACAACUAAUGACACAGUGGUCGGCAGCAGUGGAAAGAACACCAACCCACUUGAAUACUGGGCAAAGGAAUUCCGUUGGCCUAAGGAAUACUUUGAACCAGAGACAAACAUAAAUAAUCUGCUUGUGAAAAAGAAAUCUUCAUAUCUUCAUGAGGAAAACUCGGAAGCUAGCACUGCCACACCCAGUGAUCAAAAGCCGAGGGAAGUCAGAAGCACUCCUUAUAUGCAUCCAGGCUAUGAGAUUGUGCUUUUAGCUAAAGGUAGCUUUAUGGGACCGUUUGAGUUGGGUAUUACAGAUGAAAGCGAGGGGCUCAGUGAGACUUUGCUUACGGCUGAACAAUCAAUCCCUCAAGAUACCCUGUUUGGUGACGACCUAUUCGUCAAAAUCUGCGAGGGAGUGAAAUCGAGAAACGAAGCCAGGGUUAUUCGAGACAUUUCCCCUCUGAUUUGUCCGUCGGCCCAAAUUUUAAGCUUUUAUGAUGCCAAACAUCUCACGCUUUUGAAUGAAAGUGUCAAUGAAGGCUGGAAUAAUGCUGUAUCUUUCUAUGGUUCUCGUCCACAGCCUGAUUAUUCCGUGGGGUUUGAUCGAUUUGCGUUUACAGAUGAACAAUUUCAAAAGCUUAAGCCUUUUGUUGGAGAGGUCGCCGAUAUCGUUACCUCCCAUUUUAUGGCUACUUGGCAAAUGUACUUCCCUUUCCUCGCCUGCGAAGUGAAGUGCGGUGCGGCAGCACUUGACAUUGCAGACCGACAGAAUGCCCACAGCAUGACGAUAGCCGUGAGGGGUAUCGUUGAACUCUUCAGGCUAGGAAAGCGCGAGAAGGAACUCCAUCGGGAAAUCCUCGGUUUCUCUCUCUCGCACAAUGACCAAAUAGUGAGGAUCUAUGGCCAUUAUCCUGUGAUUGAUGGAAAAAAGACUACCUUCUACCGCCAUCCAAUCCGUGAAUUUAGUUUCACAGAACGAAAUGGUAAAGAGAAAUGGACAGCGUAUAAGUUCACUAAAAAUGUCUACGAUAUAUGGAUGCCGAAUCACUUGAAAAGAAUCUGUUCAGUUAUUGAUAGCUUGCCACCCAAUAUAGGUUUCGAAGUAGGGGAAUCAGGACUCUCACAGGGGCUGGAAAAUUAUCAAUUCUCUGGAUAUUCGAAUCAGGGUGCCGAAUCUCUACCAGAGGAGGCUAGCAGUCAGGCAAGCCGCAUCUCUUCUCGAGAAAUCACCUGUCUCUGAACGGGUUGUGGCGAGGGUAUCGAAAAAGCCGAGGAAAAGAGGCCCACCUGUUGAGUUUGACUCAACAAAGGAGAUAGAUAGCGAGUAGAGCCCAGUCAUCGAUUUACCUUCAGUCGUUUCUAUUUGUACAUUCUUUGGAGAUAUUGAAAGCGGCAGCGGAGCCCCGCCACGCCUUGCCCGAUCGAGCGUCAUUCCCAGGGGGCAAACUGCAGACUUGAGAUAAUAUUCUGAACACUUGUUACAGAUAUGUAUCAUAUCUAUCCUAGAAAUAAUGUAAUGUAGUGUAAUUACUACAAGUAAAUAUGAAUGUAGAAUUCAAGAUUGAUAGAUGGAUUUUUAGAAUCCAGAAUUUAUACUAUAUGUAGUA